UGUCUCCAUAAACACCAAGAAUAGCUAUGCUGUUUCAUGAUGACGAAACUCGCGUAUAAUGGCCAGGCAGCAUUUCAAAGUCUAUGACACUGGCAAACAAACAAGACUUGGAUUCGGAUAUCGAAAAAUACCAACAUGGGAGAUUGAUGUUCUGAAGUAAAGACACAAUGAUUUUUCGACAGGUAAAGGCAACGCUGUCCAGCUAGGGGUGGAGCGAUUAGGCAUGGUAAAGCUAAUGUUUGCUAGCUGCGGUUACCAUCAGUAGCCUAGUUACAGUAGCGAAACCUAUUACAGACAAAUGUCUGAAAUGCAUCAAGUGUACUUGAUACGUUUGCACAAUUUCUCUACUACAGACUCAGAAGUUGUUUCUGUGUAUGACUUUAUGUCAUGAACUCUAUAGGUCACUGUAAAAAAUGUAAUAGUGAAUGUUAUUGGGGCCUAAUAGCUCACUGACAUAUAUUGUCCAGGUCAGUCAGAUACGUAAAACCCGUUAAAUGAAUUGUUAAUUACCAAUAACCUUAAGUCUUCCAUGAAUCCUAAUGCAAACUGGAAAACUGUAGCGCUUUCCGACUGUUGUUCAGCCAUACUGUAAACACGCUAGCGCGCUAGUGACGCUAGCAGACUGUAGUCAUGCGAUAAUAGUCAGUUUCUUAAAAUGUCAGCACAGCUGGAUGAUGGCAAUGGCAAUAUUCAUUCUGUCGCCUUUGACGGGUGACAGGUUCAUUUAGCUGUAUCACCAUAUGCGCGACCUUCUUGGGUGUGUCGCUCGAAUGAUACAGAAUUGACUUGAUGACCUUACGCGGAAUCAUGUUCAGUAAAGUGUCAAGCAAAGACAAGAAGUCGGGCUUCAGCAAGAAGCUUUUCCGACGAGGUUCUACCCGCUCGGUGGGCAGUUUUAUGAGCAGACUUUUAAAAACCCUUACAACACUAUCUCAUUUUGGCUCGGAGCUACAACCUCCAGAAGGAGAAAAGGAUGAUGGAGGAUUCGCCUCGUAUAAAACAGAGGAUAAGGGGUCGAUUGCUUGGGACUACAGCGACAGUGGAUGUUUCCCUGGCCAGGACAAAGUUCCAGGUGUGUCUGGCCUAAAGAACCAUGGGAACACCUGCUUUAUGAACGCUAUUCUGCAGUGCCUCAGCAACACUGAACUCUUCGCUGAGUACCUGGCCUUGGAACAGUACCGCGGAGAUGAAUCAGAUGGACAAGUCGACAAGCCGAAGACAAAUGGCGUUCUCAUGCAGAGGAAAAGUUCUCAGGACAGAUGCGAGGUGACACAGCAGCUGUCUGGAUUGGUGCGAGCCCUGUGGACAUUUGAAUACACGCCCCAGCACAGUCGUGCGUUCAAAAAUGCGGUGUCCAGGAAUGCCAUGCAGUACCGGGGCAGUGCCCAGCACGAUGCUCAGGAGUUCCUACUGUGGCUUCUGGACCGAGUGCACGAGGACCUCAACAACACUGCUCAGCCCAACAGUGGCCCUCCCAUCAAGCCUCCAGUAGAAGAACACGACGACACAGUCGAGGGGCCAUCCCCCUCCCUGUCAACGGGCUCUUUUGUACAGGAGCUCUUUCAGGCCCAGUACCGGUCUUCACUUACCUGUCCUCACUGCCAGAAGCAGAGCAACACUUUUGAUCCAUUCAUGUGCAUCUCAUUGCCUAUUCCUCUACCACACACCAGGCCUCUGUAUGUGACCGUGGUGUACCAGGGAAAGUACUCGCACUGUAUGAGGAUCGGGGUGGCUGUGCCACUCCACAGCACCGUGUCCCGACUCAGACAGGCUGUGUCUCAGGAGACGCGCAUCUCCUCUGAUCAGUUUGUGUUGACGGAAAUGUAUUACGACGGUUUCCACCGUUCCUUCUGUGAUGACGAAGACGACCUUGACAUCAUCCAGGAGAGCGACUCGGUGUUUGCCUUUGAGACCCCAGAAGCGUUUCGAUUGGAAAACCUCCAGAGCAAACAGGGAAGCCUAUUGGCGAAUUUGAACCAGAGCAAUCUGAAGCACAGUGGCCAGGACAGCUCCCGAAGCCCCUCCUUCAUGCAGGGAGCAGGCAACAACUCCUCCUCCUCCUCCGCAUCCCCCAGCGCCAACACAGCCGCCACCGAGAAGAUGAUCCUGCUCAUCUGCAACCGAGCCUGCACCGGACACCAAGGCAGACGGUUUGGUCUUCCUUUUGUCCUGUACAUGGAGCGAACUGUGACCUGGGACGUGUUGCAAAGAGAGAUCCUGGAAAAGAUGAGACACCUGCUGAGGCCGGGAGUAUACAUCCAGGUCGGUCCCUUCAGCCUGCGUGUUGUGGGUGUGGUUGGCAUUACCUAUCUACUGCCACAAGAGGAGCAGCCGUUGUGCCACCCUACUGUCGAGAGGGCGUACAAGUCAUGCGGUCAGGGCGGACCGCCCCAUGUGAAGAUAGUGGUGGAGUGGGAUAAGGAAACCAAGGACUAUUUGUUUGGCCACACUGAGGAGGAGUACAUUCCUGAUGCUGAGAGCGUGUACCUGCAGAGGGAGAGGCACCACCACCCGCAGGCCUGCACCCUGGCCCAGUGCUUCCAGCUCUACACCCGAGAGGAACAGCUCGGCUCCGAUGAUGCCUGGCGCUGCCCCCACUGUAAACAGCUGCAGCAGGGCCGCAUCAAGCUCAGCCUGUGGACCCUACCGGACGUCCUCAUCCUACACCUCAAGAGGUUCAGACAGGAGGCGGAUCGUCGUGUGAAGAUGCAGAACAUGGUGCGCUUCCCGCUGCUCGGGAUGGACAUGGCGCCCCACAUGGUGAAGAGGAGCCAGAGCAGCUGGAGCCUGCCCUCACACUGGUCGCCAUGGAGACGCCCCUACGGACACAACCCCAACGACUACCUGUACGACCUCUACGCCGUGUGCAAUCACCAUGGAAACAUGCACGGAGGACACUACACAGCUUACUGUAAGAACUCCAUAGAUGGUCAGUGGUACUGCUUUGAUGACACUGAGGUCCAGCCCAUCGCUGAUGAGGACGUGUGCCAGCAAACGGCCUACAUUCUGUUCUACCAACGCAGGACCGUCAUCCCCUCAUGGUCCGCCAACAGCUCUGUGGCAGGCUCCACGAGUUCGUCCCUGUGUGACCACUGGGUGAAUCGUCUCCCCGGCAGCCGGCCUCCCAGUCUGACCUCGGGGGCGUCCUCCCGCCGCACCUCCCUCGCCUCCCUGGCCGAGUCCGUCGAGUUCCCCGGGGAUCGCAGCGAGGAUGACGGAGGCUUUUCCACGCGUCCCUUCGUGAGGAGCAUCCAGAGGCAGAGCAUCUCCUCGCGCUCCUCGGUAACCAGCCCCCUGGCCUUCAGCGAGAACGGCAUGAAGCCCUCCUGGUCCCUCUCGGCCAAGCUGCACAUGAGGUCCAACUCCCCGUCGCGCUUCUCCCUCGACUCCCGCUCCUCGCCGCCCCUGGAGCGCAUUGGCGAGGCCGCGUCGGACGACAAGGUGUCCACGUCCUGUUUCGGCGGCUACGGCCGCCAGGAUCGUCACGGCAACAGCAAGGCGCCGCUGGCGACCGCCGAGAGCUACGGCAGCGACGGAGGAAGCGGCAACAAGGGCGACGACGGAGACUACUACAGGAGUGCCAAAGUGGAGAACCUCGCCAGUGGACAGUUAGCCAGCGAACAAAGCGAAAAAGCAAAGCCUGUGAAAGAACAGAAUCGCAAGGGAGGCUCCGGCGACAAGCAGAAGGGGGAGAGCAGUGGUGCUAAGAAGAGCUCCUACAAAAUCGAUUUUGAGAAGGGCUCUAAAAAGCACCACGGCUCCUCUGCCAGCUUGAAGCCGUCCUCUCAAACGUCUUCCAGCUCUCUACUCAAGAGCGCCAAAGUAAGCAACACCAAGAAAGACGCCAGCAAGACGGCAAAGGCCAAAUCCGAGUCUUCCAGUACCCAGAAGGCAGCUGCCCAAGGUACCCCGUGCAAGGUGCACCCCCCUUCCACUCCGCAAACUCCUGUGUCGCGCGCCUCCUCCGUCAAGAAAGGCUCGUCCAAGUCCGAGAAGGUGUCCCUCACCAGCAAGAAGAAGCUUGCCGAAAGGACUUCCAGCAUAGACCUGGCGCACCUCAACUCCCCCCCGACGGAGAAGCCCAGAGCAGUGGGGCUGGAGAGGAAGCCGGUGAGGAGCAUCAGCAGCAGCUCCUCGGUCUCCAGCCUGCGCUCGCCCAGCAUCUCCACUAAAGACCUCAACCACAGCAGCAAACUAGAAGACAAGGGCCUGUCCUUCCUGAAGAGCGCACUUCGCCAGAGAGAGAGCCGCCGCUCGGCCGACUUGGGGAAAACCACCCUGCUCAGCAAGAAGAGCUCUGAAAGGACAGCCAAGUCCAAAGCCUCCCAGACCAAGGGGGGCGCCGCGGAUGACGAGAAGUCCUCCUCGAGCCCUUCCUUGCGGAAAGACGUGCGGAACUCUGUGGAGAACACGCCCAAUAAAAUGAGUACGAAACAGAAAGCGUCCCUCAAGGUCUCCAACCCGGUCAAGCACUCUCUUCUACCUGUGGUCAAGUCCGUAGCCUCCACUGAGACCAUGGAACAGACACUAAGCGGGAAAAAAGCCUCGUGAGGAAGAGAAAACUGUAAUCUUUUAAGAAACCCUUCUAGCAUGCAAUCAUGAAAACACUACACACAACACACAACACACACAACACACACA